AUGCAGUGUUUGGCCUUAGUGGGGCGCUUCCAGUACGUCUCCGGGGCCGACGAGAAGGUCCUCCGAGUGUUCCGCGCCCCCCGCAACUUUGUGGAGAACUUUGCAAACAUCUCCGGCACGCCUCUGGCAAAGCUGCUGGCCUCCAGUGUGAGUAGUAGUUCCAGAAUCCUGCUUUGCUAUUGGUCGACGUACCAACAUUCAGUUUUUUUUAUUGGUUGAGUGGUGUGUCAACCAACGGCAGUUGCUUCCUACAUCACCCCCAAUGGCUACUGUUGACCUCAAUCUCAAUUCGUCCUUCCAUGAUUCCUCGCAUUCUAUGUCCUCGCCUCCUCCUCAACCAUAUUGGAGGAGAAGGUCGAAAGUCCCUCCUCCGGACCUUCUUCUCCAAUGCAUUUUGAAAAGGAGGCAAGGAAAAAGGAUGCGAGGCCUCGAGGUGAAAUUAACUGGGAAAGAGCGUAGCACACUGAGAUUCCCCUUUGACCCCACUCCCCUGUAUGUGUAUGUGUAUGUGUGUGGGUGUGUCUGUUUCUCUUUCCCAGGACACUGUAGAUCAACCAGAAGGUGCCAGUACUCCUGCCCUAGGCCUCUCCAACAAGGCUGUGUUUCAAGGUACGGCUCUAAGUCCAUCCUAAACUUGGUCUUUCUGCACAUAACGGUCAAUGUCUCGUUACAUCUGGCUGAUUUUGAUAGUUUCUUCUUUUGAUUGACAGGUGAUCUGGCUCCCAAGGCCAAUGAAGAGCAGGGAACCGGGUUCAACAGUGUUUCUGACCAAUACCAAGAGUCCUAUUUCCACCCUCUCAUCCUUAAUGGUAUUGUAUACUGAAAACGUACCAUCCCUAUUAGAAUAUUAGGCCCAUUUAAAAGCAACGUCUGUCUGAGGCAUUACUCCCACAAUACGUAAGACCUACAUAAACCUUGAUACUGUUUUGUUAUUGGAAUGGGAUAAACUUCCUUUCCCAAUAAACUGCCUCAGUGCAGCCUCGAGAGUCUAUCUCUCCUUCUCUCCCUCCCUGUUUCUGUUUAUUCCUGUAAGGGACAAUGAUAUCCAGCCUUCAUGACUAACUAGUUAUUAGAUGCCUCUGCUCUGUUCUGUUCUGCUCUGUUCUGUUCUGUUCUGCUCUGCUAUGCUCUGCACUCCAUGCCUGCAUUUUAGAAGAGGGUGAUGAAUCGGAGCAGCUGGAGAUGUUAUUACUAAAGAAGAAUGAGAAGCAUAGCAGGAAGAGAAGGAUGGCGGGGGUAGAGAGAGACAGAGGGAGAGAGAGAGACAGAGAGAGAGAGAGAUACAGAGAGAGAGACAGAGAGAGAGACAGGAGGAGAUAGACGAGGAGGUAGGACAGAGGAGAAACAGGAGAGCAGGAGACCGAGAAAGUAGAGACAGACAGAGAGAUGGAGAGAGACCAGAGAUAGAGAGAGAGACGAGAAAGAGAGCGGAGAGAGAGGGACAGAGGAGAGAGAGAGAGAGAGAGAGAGAGGAGACAGAGAGAGACAGAAGAGAGAGACAGAGAGAGGGACAGAGAGAGAGACAGAGGAGCAGAGACAGAGAAGAGAGGAACAGAGAGAGAGACAGAGAGAGAGACAGAGAGAGAGACAGGGAAGGAGAGAGUGGAGAGGACGGAGAGCUGAGAGACGAGAGAGAGAGCACAGAGAGAGAGAGACAGAGAGAAGGACCAGACAGAGAUACCUAGAGACACAAGAGACCAGAGAGGUACAUAGUACAGAGAGCACGAGAGACCAGAGAAGAGAGACAGAUAGAGAAAGAGACAGAGAGACAGAGACAGAGAGAAAGACAGAAGACGAGACAGAGAGACGAGACAGAAGAGACAUAAGAAGAGACAGAAGAGAGAGAGACAGAGAGAGUAGAGACAGAGAGCAGAGACAGACAGACAGAGAGACAGAAGACAGACAGAGAAAGGAGAAUUAGAUAGAGAUAGAAGAUAGACAGAGAAGAGAGAGAGAGUAGGAGACACAGACGGGAGAGAGAGAGACAGACAGAGAGAGGAGGACAGACAGAGAGGAGAGAACAGAAGAGAGAGAGAGAGAGAAACAGACAGAGAGAGACAGAGAGAGAGAGACAGAGAGCGAGAGACAGAGAGCGAGAGCGAGAGACAGAGAGCGAGAGACAGAGAGCGAGAGACAGAGAGCGAGAGACUAGAGGAGAGACAGAGAGCGAGAGCGAGAGCGAGAGACAGACAUAGAGAGACAGACAUAGAGAGACAGACAUAGAGAGACAGACAUAGAGAGACAGACAUAGAGAGACAGACAUAGAGAGACAGACAUAGAGAGACCGACAGAGAGACAGAGAGAGAGAGAGACCGCGACCGAGAGACUGAGAGAGAGAGAGACCGAGAUAGAGAGAGGCAGAGAGAGAGAAUGAGAGAGACAGAGAGAGAGACUGAGAGAGACAGAGAGCGAGAGAGACAGAGAGCGAGAGACAGAGAGCGAGAGACAGAGAGUGACAGAGAGACAGUCAGUGUAAAGAGGGAGGGUUAGAGAGAUGAAGAUGAAAGAGACAGAUCUAAUUGUAUUUGUGACAUGAUUCGUAAACAACAGGUGUAGGCGAACAGUGAAAUGCUUACUUACAGGCCCUUCCCAAGAAUGCAGAGAGAGAAAAAGAAGGAAGAUAAUAGAAACAUAAUAAGAGGAGGAAUAAAUACACAAUGACAGAGAAUCAGAGGAUGCAGAGCUUUGGGUGCCUUGGCUCUAGUCAAACAGUGUGUGAUGAGGUGUGACUGAAGGAGUCAGGCGCAGGAGGUAAAACACUGAAGUCCAGAGUUUAUUCCGUUUACAUAAAUAAAACGCACCAAGCUUCAAAACGAAACUAUCACAAGGGAAAUAUUCCACCUUGGCAAUAACAAAUGGAAGAGUAGCUCAACCGAGCUCCUGGCUCUCACAAAGAAACAAUCACUCACAAAGACAAGGGGAACAGAAGGAACACUUAUACACAUACUAAUUAGGGGAAUGAGCACCAGGUGUGUGUGAUUGACGAGACAAGACAUGACAAGUGGAGUGUUGAGAAUGGGAUCGGUGACGACGAACGCCGAAACCUGCCCGAACAAGGAGGGGAGGCAGCCUCGGCGGAUGUCGUGACACAGUGUCAGGCGUUGUCAUUCAUUGUGAUUGUAAAAAGCUCCUUAUAGUCUUAUAGGAUUACAGAGUCAGGAUAUGAAUGACUCUAGGCUACAGGGCUGUGUGUGUGUGUGUGUGUGUGUGUGUGUGUGUGUGUGUGUGUGUGUGUGCGUGUGCGUGCGCGUGCGUGCACGUGUGUGGAUGUACAGAGCGAAGUUAUAAUAUUGAUGACUAGGCUACAGGGCUACGUGUGUGUGCAGGGCUACGGGGAGAGGGAAAUGAGGUGGACAUGGAAUAAUGAGUUGUUAACAGAAUAAUGAGUUGUUAACAGAAUAAUUAGUUGUUAACAGAAUAAUGAGUUGUUAACAGAAUAAUGCCAUGUCUCUGAUUCACUAGAGGGGGUUAAGGGAGGGAACAAUUAGGGAGAAACAGGAAGCCAGGGACAAAUAAAAACGGGAGGGAACAAGGCUUGUCAUGUGUAAGGAAGGAGAGGAAGGGUUGCCUAAGUGUCUGUGUCCCAAAUGACACCCUAUUCCCUAGAUAGUGCACUACUUUUGACCAGGGCCCAUAGGGAAUAGGGUGUCAUUUGGGACACACUCUGUGUCUGCAGGAGUAGAUAGUGAAGUUGUCUUGGCAUGGGUGGAGAAUGAGAGAAUGGGUACAUUUGAUUCUCAUUUCGCAGCACCCCUCAAAGCUAACAGCUGUUGAAAAUUGGGAGAUAAAGCCUCGUUGUUCAAAAUGGCUUUUUAGAAAUAACGAGUUGAGGGUUACAUAUUGGAGCUAAAUGUUAGCGAUGAGCGCUGUGAAGAAUACGAGAGAACAUUGUCUUGAGGCGGUCAAUUCUGUUCUUCAUUCUGUUUAGUGUCUUUAGUGUGUCUCUUCUUUAACUCACUCCCUCUCUCUCUUCUUUAACUCACUCCCUCUCUCUCUUCUUUAACUCACUCCCUCUCUCUCUUCUUUAACUCACUCCCUCUCUCUUCUUUAACUCACUCCCUCUCUCUCUUCUUUAACUCACUCCCUCUCUCUCUUCUUUAACUCACUCCCUCUCUCUCUUCUUUAACUCACUCCCUCUCUCUCUUCUUUAACUCACUCCCUCUCUCUCUUCUUUAACUCACUCCCUCUCUCCCUCCCUGCUUAACAUUAGGGUUGUUAAACAAGAAAAUCAUAGCAGCCAGCCACAUACAGUGGGGAGAACAAGUAUUUGAUACACUGCCGAUUUUGCAGGUUUUCCUACUUACAAAGCAUGUAGAGGUCUGUAAUUUUUAUCACAGGUACACUUCAACUGUGAGAGACGGAAUCUAAAACAAAAAUCCAGAAAAUCACAUUGUAUGAUUUUUAAGUAAUUCAUUUGCAUUUUAUUGCAUGACAUAAGUAUUUGAUACAUCAGAAAAGCAGAACUUAAUAUUUGGUACAGAAACCUUUGUUUGCAAUUACAGAGAUCAUACGUUUCCUGUAGGUCUUGACCAGGUUUGCACACACUGCAGCAGGGAUUUUGGCCCACUCCUCCAUACAGACCUUCUCCAGAUCCUUCAGAUUUCGGGGCUGUCGCUGGGCAAUACGGACUUUCAGCUCCCUCCAAAGAUUUUCUAUUGGCUUCAGGUCUGGAGACUGGCUAGGCCACUCCAGGACCUUGAGAUGCUUCUUACGGAGCCACUCCUUAGUUGCCCUGGCUGUGUGUUUUGGGUCGUUGUCAUGCUGGAAGACCCAGCCACGACCCAUCUUCAAUGCUCUUACUGAUGGAAGGAGGUUGUUUUCCAAGAUCUUGCGAUACAUGGCCCCAUCCAUCCUCCCCUCAAUACGGUGCAGUCGUCCUGUCCCCUUUGCAGAAAAGCAUCCCCAAAGAAUGAUGUUUCCACCUCCAUGCUUCACGGUUGGGAUGGUGUUCUUGGGGUUGUACUCAUCCUUCUUCUUCCUCCAAACACGGCGAGUGGAGUUUAGACCAAAAAGCUCUAUUUUUGUCUCAUCAGACCACAUGACCUUCUCCCAUUCCUCCUCUGGAUCAUCCAGAUGGUCAUUGGCAAACUUCAGACGGGCCUGGAAAUGCGCUGGCUUGAGCAGGGGGACCUUGCGUGCGCUGCAGGAUUUUAAUCCAUGACGGCGUAGUGUGUUACUAAUGGUUUUCUUUGAGACUGUGGUCCCAGCUCUCUUCAGGUCAUUGACCAGGUCCUGCCGUGUAGUUCUGGGCUGAUCCCUCACCUUCCUCAUGAUCAUUGAUGCCCGACGAGGUGAGAUCUUGCAUGGAGCCCCAGACCGAGGGUGAUUGACCGUCAUCUUGAACUUCUUCCAUUUUCUAAUAAUUGCGCCAACAGUUGUUGCCUUCUCACCAAGCUGCUUGCCUAUUGUCCUGUAGCCCAUCCCAGACCUUGUGCAGGUCUACAGUUUUAUCCCUGAUGUCCUUACACAGCUCUCUGGUCUUGGCCAUUGUGGAGAGGUUGGAGUCUGUUUGAUUGAGUGUGUGGACAGGUGUCUUUUAUACAGGUAACGAGUUCAAACAGGUGCAGUUAAGACAGGUAAUGAGUGGAGAACAGGAGGGCUUCUUAAAGAAAAACUAACAGGUCUGUGAGAGCCAGAAUUCUUACUGGUUGGUAGGUGAUCAAAUACUUAUGUCAUGCAAUAAAAUGCAAAUGAAUUACUUAAAAAUCAUACAAUGUGAUUUUCUGGAUUUUUGUUUUUGAUUCCGUCUCUCACAGUUGAAGUGUACCUAUGAUAAAAAUUACAGACCUCUACAUGCUUUGUAAGUAGGAAAACCUGCAAAAUCGGCAGUGUAUCAAAUACUUGUUCUCCCCACUGUAGAUACAAUCUCCACAUAGAUACAAUCUUCAUUUAGUCAAUUGGAAAAUGGUUCCCAUUAGAGUGAAUGUUGAAUAUGUUAAAUACAGUUUGUAAUUAUUUUGAAAUUGACUUUCUUUGUUAUUGUGUGUGUCCACAGAGCCCCCUCCAGAGGACCACCUUCUCCAAAACACACUAUGGCCUGAGGUCCAAAAACUGUUAGUGUCACAUGAUCCUUCUAACAGUCCUUUCCUUUCCAUCCUCACACAAGCACGCACGCACACACAUUUUUUGUCUCAAUGGCUGCAUUUACACAGGCAGCCCAAUUCUUUGGAUCUUUUUCCACUAAUUGGUAUUUUGACCAAUCAGAUCAGCUGUUUUGCCAAACAUUUGGCCAAAUAUCAGAAUUGGGCUGCUUGUGUAAAGGCAGCCAAUGUUAGAGAAUACAACUUUUGCACACACUUUAUCAACUACAGAAUCAGAUGGGGACUUGUCAGAAAAUGUUUCAGCGCUGUUUCCUUCUGUCUAGGAAUGUACACGAGGCAUCUAUGAUUUCAACCUUUUGUGAGCAGCAUCCAUUUUCCUUGCGACAUGACAUUUCAAUGCAUUUCUCAUAUUUAUAGACAAAUUACCAGUUAUGUUUUGUUUCGCCUCCUGUGAGGAUUAAUGGGUCUGAAAAUGGGUCUGAGUUUCUAAACCACGUUCGGAGCCAGCCAAAGACCUCCCACUAAUCAGAAUGCAGAUUUCCCCAUGAGCCUCUUCUCUCCCCAGCAGAAUAUAUUGCCUCCAAUGUUAAAUCUAUUUACCAGUCAGUCCUGCGUUAACAUGACGUACAGCUGUGACAUUUACUGCAAGUGCAGCCAUUGUAUUUUUGAAUAGCACUUUUCUUACUCCCAUUUGGCAAGGAAUGCAUUGUAUAAUUGAACACGUAAUAGCAACAUUAAAAUUCAUGUGGCAUCAUAUUUUUGAUUCUGAGGUAGGGUUUCUAUUUUGAGUAUAUUUCUGAAUACGAAAUGUUUAGAAGGUUUGUUAGGUUGAGAGGAUGAGAUGUUUCUGUGCUCUUGUGUGUGUGUGCCCACGUGUGUGCAGUCUGCUAUUCUAGAGUCCUGUACGUCACUGUUUAAUUCCACAGUCUAGCUCUAGCUGUCUUUACCAGUAAGGUUUCUGUGUCUUCUUAACCUUUAUAGGCUGUCUGAGUAGAAUCUCCAUAAUUCCAGCUAGAAAACCUUCCACUCUCUGGCUGAGUCCCAAAUGUCACCCUAAUCCCUAUAUAGUCCACUAAUUUUGACCAGAACCCUAUGUACUAAAUAGGGAAUAGUGGGCCGUUUGGGACGGCAGCUCUGACACCAGAAGCGAGAUUCUACAGAGAUUCUUAGAUGCGCCAUUUUAAAACUUUCAGGAGGAUUGUUUGUGCUUCAAGUUUGACCACUUGGCUUUUAUCACAGUCUUAUCUGGUGACUAAGCUCUCAUCACUCCACUUCCCUCCCUCCCUCCCCUCCGCUCUCUCUCUCUCGCUCUCUCUCUCUCGCUCUCGCUCUCUCGCUCUCCAGGUACGGACACGGCUUUGAGAUGUUCUGUCUGGCGUCUGACAGUGGGAGGACGGUGGUGGCAUCGGCAUGUAAGGUAGUGUGACAAGUGGGAGGCCAAACGUCUAUCUGCGAUUGUAGCAAAACACACGCACACCCCCACACACCACAUCUCAGAUUGUACUUAUUAGCAGGGGAUGGAACUGGUUCAGGAACAGAACUGAAAACCGAAAAAAAAUUACAAAUAAAAUGAGUAAUCAGAACCGGCAUUUUUUUCAAGUCCCACAAAAAAUGCAACAAAGUGCCUAUGCAAAGCCCUCACUAUGUCAUUCAGAACCGUAUUCCAGUGUCUGCCGGCCAGCUGGAAGUCUUUGCCAGUGUUUGUGUGUGUGUAGGCGACCUGCCCCUCCCCCUCCGAAGCAUAGUCUACUGUAGCCUACUGACGUUACAAGCGUGAUUCAGAAAAUGGGGAGAUAAAACACAUUUUAUUAGAGAAGGCUGGAUUAACUUUUUCAAUGCUAAUUAAGGAUACUAUAGUUAUCGCAUUUCACAUUGGAUUUAUUAACUACAAAAAAGGUAAGACGUGUUUUUAUUUUAAAUUCUGGUGCCACUCUGCACACACAAGCUUGUUAGAUAGCUAGCUAGCUCUGGUCCAACCAACGUUAAAUCACAGCUUUAUUCUCUCUUCUUCAUCUAUGGCUUUGAACCUACCUAGUUCCCGGCUCUCAACUGGGCGCACAAGGAUCUUUAGAUUUUUUGUUAGGUGACAGCCAUAUAUCAGUUGCCUAUUUUUCUUUGAAGGGUUAACACAAAGGGUUGUGUUUGACUUGUGUUUGAUCAUGUUGACAUUGCAUCGUAACAUAUUUCUAAAUAUGUGUUGUAGAUCCGCCUCCUUAAAUAUGUCAUUUACUGGUUACAGGAGGGUUUCCCAAACUCGUUCCUCGGGACCCCAAGGGGUGAUGAACGUUUUUUUUUUUAUACAGCUGAUUCAAAUGACCAAAGUUCGAUGAUUAGUUGAUUAUUUGAAUCGGUUGAUUAAUGUACUUUUUCUCCAUACAUUUUCCCUGACAUCCAAAAGUACUCGUUACAUUUUGAAUGCUUAGCAGGUCAGGGAAAUGGUCCAAUUCACAAACUUAUCAAGAUAACAUCCCUGGUCAUACCUACUGCCUCUGAUCUGACAGACGCAAUAAACAAAUGCUUCGUAUGUAAAUCCUUUCUGAGUGUGCCCCUGGUUAUUCGUAGAAGACAAAAAAACAAUUGAGCCUUCUGAUUUGCUUAAUAUAAGGAAUUUUUAAUAAUUUAUACUUUUACUUUUGAUAUUUAAAACCAAAUGCUUUUAGACUUUUACUCAAGUAGUAUUUUACUGGGUGACUUUCACUUUUACUUGAGUCAUUUUCUAUCAAGGUAUCUUUACUUUUACUCAAGUAUGACAAUUGGGUACUUUUUCCACCACUGGUGAACACACACACAAACACACACUAUGACAUGCACGUACACACACACAAUUGGGCAUGCACACACUGAAAGAGACAGACAGACACACACACACGUUAGCACACAGGGGAUGUCCAACGUUGCUGCUGGACUUGGUAGAGGUCAGUGUCAGUGCGGGUGGACAGUCAGCUUUUUAAUCGGAAGCUAAAUCAAUCUGAUAGUGUCGAUCUUUCAGAGAAAUAACCUUUUAUCUGUCAGUUGAAGUCUGUUAGCAGCCAUCAGGAUCAUUCAGAUUCCUAUCACAAUUGGAAUGAUGUGAUUUGAAGGCAGACGUCACCUGACCUGGGUGGUCUAGCAGUCCGUGCAUACAGUAUUUGCUGUGGGUUCCAAUUCGGCCCAUUUAUCUUUCCUGCUGUCUCUCCUUUAGCCAAUAAAAACAUAGGCCUACAGAACGUAAAAAUAUAUUUUAAUUUUUUACGUCACUUGAAUAGACUAGACCAGGGUUGCUAGUACAUCUUUGAGUCAAAGCUUAAAAUGAGUGUUUACCAAACACAGAGGGAGGAGAAUUGUGUACUGUAUGCCCACUGGUAAGGAAUGGAGAUAGGUUGGCUAAAACUAUACAAUACAGUGGUGGCUGGUGGCACUUGUACAAGCUCAUAUUAAUGGCUGGAAUGGUAUGGUAUAGUUUCCUAUGACUAUCUUGUCAGCUAUGUGUGUGGUCCUCCAUCCACUAUUCUUAUCUGGUUCUAGGCCUCUAAGGCUGAGCUAGUUCAGUGUGGUCCUCCAACUGCUUCUCUUCUUCUUUGGUUCUAGGCCUCUAAGGCUGAGCUAGUUCAGUAUGGUCCUCCAACUGCAUCUCUUCUUCUCUGGUUCUAGGCCUCUAAGGCCGAGCAUGCGGCCGUGCUGCUCUGGAGCGCCACCUCCUGGCGCCAGCUACAGGCGCUGCCUUGCCACAGCCUCACCGUCACCCAGAUGGCCUUCUCUCCCAACGGACGGCUCCUAUUGGCCGUGUCCCGGGACAGGACCUGGUCGCUAUGGAGACGGGACGACCCCACCGCUACCCCUACAAACACAGGUGAGCUGAGGGAGACUUUCUUCUUUCUUUCUUUAUUCUUAUUUCGUUCUUUCUUUCUUGGUAGGUCUUAGGAGGGAGUUUCUGUGCGGGAGUUCUUUUGGGGGAGGGGCUGAGGAGGGGGGAGGGGGAGGGAGGAGGGAGGGAGGGGGGAGGGGGUAUCUUUUUCUUUAGGAGGGAUUUAGGGCUUUUUCUUUGUCUUUCUUUAUGUAUUCUUUCUUCUUCUUUCUUUAUCUGCUUUUUUAUUUCUUCUUUAUUUCUUCUUCGUUCUUUCUUUAUUUCUUUUUCUUUCUUUCUUUCUUUCUUUAUUUCUGUUCAUUUUUCUUUCUUUCUUUCUUUCUUUUUCUUUCUUUCUUUCUUUCUUUUUCUUUCUUUCUUUUUUCUUUCUUUUCUUUUUCUUUCUUUCUUUCUUCUUUCGGAGUUAGUUCAGUUUCAUGUCAGCUGUUUAAGCACCCAGGACUAGUUUAGUCCUGUUUUACUUAGCCUAGGGAAAGUCUGGCGCCAAACAACCAAUGUCUCCAAUCCCCAUUUAAACCCAGUCAGGUAAAUCACCAGUGACACGGCCCUAACCGGUGGAGCAACUGUUUUUCUUUCCCUAUUUGCCUGUGUGGCGGGAGCCUCGGUGGGUUCCCCUGCACCCGGCGAACUGGCAGUCUGUUCCAGUUGAGCCCUGAAUUACUCACAGGCUCACAUGCACACACACACACACGCACGCACGCACACACACUCUUAACUCUGCUUAACCAGUCUAGACUUGCCAAUCGAGGGGCUGGAAAGCACAGUACAGGAUGGCCCAGGCGGCCCGUCAAGACAGGGAUGGAGAGUGGCUGUAGAUAGAAGACAGGCCUACCUAAGCUCCGACAGCACCAGUAUGUGUGUGCAGGUGUAGGGAGGAGUGUGUGUGUGUGUGUGUGUGUUUACACUGCUAUUAGCCAUGGCGCUGUCUGGAGAUGGGCUGAUACAGGCAGACUAGGUAUGGGUAUUAUGAGUUAUGAAACGUACGUCAAAACUCUUUCUUUAACCAGAGAUCAAAUUUUUCUCCAAAACUAUUGGGUGGAAUGUGCUUUGUGGCUUGUCCCUCAUUUUUUUGUUUUAAUAAUUAGCUUUUACUCUAGUGUUCCAUUUGUACAUGUGCAUUUGCGGGGCACAAAAAAAAAAAACCAAGGCAAGCAUCACACAGUUAUUUUCCCUAAAGUCCCUUUCCCCUCAGCGUCUCACUCACUCAACUGCGUUCCGACCACUCCCUCUACACACGCAUGCUGAGUUUGCACACAGGAAACAUGCCUAUACAGACGGUGGGACAGGAAACAUGCCUAUACAGACGGUGGGACAGGAAACAUGCCUAUACAGACGGUGGGACAGUGGGCAUAAAAAAAAUCAGUUUGCUGAUGGGAUACACAACCUAAAUUCCUUGCCAAAUGAUGACAGUUUUAUCACAAAUUCAAAAUGGACUGGUUGAUUGAAGGAGGGAAAUAUGUGUUCCAACAAGGUGCAGUUAGGCUACUUUGUAAACUGCUAGUGCUAUUUAGAAUUGGUUAUCCUAGACUAUAACCCCCCCCCUAAACACAGACAGGUUCCACACUGAAAAUAUGCAAAAACGUUAGUUUGAUAAAGUCAAAGUAUUUUCAUCAGAAUCAAUAAGCCUAGGCCUACUCACCAAACAGAUGUAGUGGCCAUAAUGCAUCACCAUGCAGUGUUCUAUGUGGUGGAAUUGUUCAUCCAUUUAGAAAAUUCCAAAGAACAGGCAGAAUAAACUAAAUUGAACGUCUGAGGCCUAUAUCUAAAAUACAUUUUUUUUUAAAAAGAAAGAUAUUUUAUUUUUUUCUUUCAACACGCCAAACUGAGCCCCGCUUCAAAUGAUCACUCUGAGAAUAACUGCUCCAGACGUGAGAUGCGCAUCACAUCGCACUGGCAACAUUUGGAAAAGUAUUCUGUUUAUAUUUUAUUCUGUUAAAUUACAUUAUGUUUUUUUUGCUAUAAAAUAGGUGUCUUGACUGUGAUAAGGGCUCGGGAAAUAAGAGCGUCUUGUCUGGUAAAUGAACAAAACAAGGCUAUGCCAUUGGACAGCCAUAGUCUUCUACAAGCAAGCUCCACUGCUGAGGUUACUGCCUUUCUGAAGAUUGUGUUCCACGAUAUAAUAUAACUAGUUGAUAUUACAGUUUGAAUAUAUUAAUAUGGCAAUUGUUUUUUAUUGACUGAAUAUGUAUGAGGCAAUCCAGCCAUUAGGAUGUGUUAUCUGUAGUGGUUAUGAUAAACUAGGCAUUGUUGCGAUCUGUUGGCAUAUAGAUAAAUGUUGGCACACAUUUUUUUCCAAUGCGGGCCUUGCCCUUGUGUUGUAAAUAUAUCUAAUUUUUUUUGUACUCUUAAAAAAAAAAGUGAGUACUUGGAACAGUCAAAAAAUGUCAAAUGCGCAUCCCUAAGACAGACAGAACCAGCCGAAUCAUGUGUGUCUGUGUUUGUGUGUUUGCGUGUGUGUGUCUGGAGGUGGGUUGAUACAGAGACAGAGCCAGACAGCCAGCCUGAAUACAAACAACCUCUAGAGGGGGGAAACAAUGCUGUGGCUGGCUGCUGGAACUACACAGACAACAGUGUCUCUCUAGAGGGCUGGCUGCUGGAACUACACAGACAACAGUGUCUCUCUAGAGGGCUGGCUGCUGGAACUACACAGACAGCAGUGUCUCUCUAGAGGGCUGGCUGAUGGAACUACACAGACAGCAGUGUCUCUCUAGAGGGCUGGCUGAUGGAACUACACAGACAACAGUGUCUCUCUAGAGGGCUGGCUGAUGGAACUACACAGACAACAGUGUCUCUCUAGAGGGCUGGCUGAUGGAACUACACAGACAACAGUGUCUCUCUAGAGGGCUGGCUGCUGGAACUACACAGACAACAGUGUCUCUCUAGAGGGCUGGCUGAUGGAACUACACAGACAACAGUGUGUCAUGACAGACAUCAUGGAGAGGAGAAACUGAGGCUUUGGGUUUAGUUGUGUGUCAGUGGAGAGAUUCAUUGUUACCGCUGAGCAGUUAUGUACUGUUUAGAAAGCUUGUUUUUGUGUGUGACAAAUGUUGCAAGGUAGAUGGGCAUUUGAAAUAAUGUCAUAUAUUGUGCCUGUGUGUGUCUCCCCUGUCCAGAACCCCAUUUCUCCCUGCACACAUCUACCAGGAAGGACACGGCCAUACAUACACGCAUCAUAUGGUCAUGUGACUGGAGUUCCGACAACAAGUACUUUGUGACGUCGAGUCGAGACAAGAAGGUAAUUAUUCUACACAAGCAAAACCUUAGUGUUGUUAGUAGAGGUAGCUUGUAUUCUCCAGACUUCAACGUCUAUUCACUUAGGUCUGGACGUGUGUUCACAAAGCGUCUCAAAGAAGGAGUGCUGAUCAAGGAUCAGUUUGGCCUUUUAAAUCAUAAUGAAUCAGUACUUCUACUCUGAGACCCUUUUUGAUACAGACCCUGAUCCCUAGCUUAAGAUUCCUUUGACGUCAAUGCAAGACUGGCAUGAAAUUUAAUGAUGUGCUAAUCUCAAGACAGCAUCAUCCUUUAAAGGUUGUUAGUUACAAAUGAGCUCCUCAGUAAGUAAAGGUCACAAUGGUAAGGAAGAGGCAGUAAAAUACUGUUCAUCAUAUGCUGUAUCCCAAAUGGUAACAUUGUUCCCUAUAUAGUGCACUACUUUUGACCAGGGCCCAUAGAGCUAUAUAGGGAAUAGGGUGACAUUUGGGACACACACAUAGCCUACAGUGCCUUGCAAAAGUAUUCAUCCCCCUUGGCGUUUUUUCUGUUUUGUUGCAUUACAACCUGCAAUUUAAAUUGAUUUUUAUUUGGAUUUCAUGUAAUGAACAUAGACAAAAUAGUCCAAAUUGGUGACGUGAAAUGAAAAAAACUACUUGAUACAAAAAUUCUAAAAAAUAAAUAACGGAAAAGGGGUGCGUGCAUAUGUAUUCACCCCCUUUGCUAUGAAGCCCCUAAAUAAGAUCUGGUGCAACCAAUUACCUUCAGAAGUCACAUAAUUAGUUAGAUUGCACACAGGUCGCCUUUAUUUAAGUGUCACAUGAUCUGUCACAUGAUCUCAGUAUAUAUACACCUGUUCUGAAAGGCCCCAGAGUCUGCAACAUCACUAAGCAAAGGGCACCACCAAGGAAGCGGCACCAUGAAGACCAAGGAGCUCUCCAAACAGGUCAGGGACAAAGUUGUGGAGAAGUACAGAAACUUUGAACAUCCCACGGAGCACCAUUAAAUCCUUUAUUAAAAAAUGGGAAGAAUAUGGCACCACAACAAACCUGCCAAGAGAGGGCCGCCCACCAAAACACGCGGACCAGGCAAGGAGGGCAUUAAUCAGAGAGGCAACAAAUAGACAAAGAUAACCCUGAAGGAGCUGCAAAGCUCCACAGCGGAGAUUGGAGUAUCUGUCCAUAGGACCACUUUAAGCCGUACACUCCACAGAGCUGGGCUUUACGGAAGAAUGGCCAGAAAAAAGCCAUUGCUUAAAGAAAAAAAUAAGCAAACAGGUUUGGUGUUCGCCAAAAGCCAUGUGGGAGACUCCCCAAACAUAUGGAAAAAGAUACUCUGGACAGAUGAGACUAAAAUUGACCAUCAAGGAAAACGCUAUGUCUGGCGCAAACCCAACACCUCUCAUCACCCCGAGAACACCAUCCCCACAGUGAAGCAUGAUGGUGGCAGCAUCAUGCUGUGGGGAUGUUUUUCAAUGGCAGGGACUGGGAAACUGGUCAGAAUUGAAGGAAUGAUGGAUGGCACUAAAUACAGGGAAAUUCUUGAGGGAAACCUGUUUCAUUCUUCCAGAGAUUUGAGACUGGGACGGAGGUUCACCUUCCAGCAGGACAAUGACCCAAAGCAUACUGCUAAAGCAACACUUGAGUGGUUUAAGGGGAAACAUUUAAAUAUCUUGGAAUGGCCUAGUCAAAGCCCAGACCUCAAUCUAAUUUGAGAAUCUGUGGUAUGACUUAAAGAUUGCUGUACACCAGCUGAACCCAUCCAACUUGAAGGAGCUGGAGCAGUUUUGCCUUGAAGAAUGGGCAAAAAUCCCAGUGGCUAGAUGUGCCAAGCUUAUAGAGACAUACCCCAAGAGACUUGCAGCUGUAAUUGCUGCAAAAGGUGGCUCAACAAAGUAUUGACUUUGGGGGGGUGAAUAGUUAUGCACGCUCAAGUAUUCUGUUUAUUUUGUUUUUGUUUUCACAAGUAAAAAUAUUUUGGAUUUUCAAAGUGGUAGGCAUGUUGUGUAAAUCAAAUGAUACAAACCCCCCAAAAAAUCAAUUUAAAUUCCAGGUUGUAAGGCAACAAAAUAAGAAAAAUGCCAAGAGGGGUGAAUACUUUCGCAAGCCGCUUUGUGUUAGUCUGAAGUUCCAGUAUAACUUCAUUAAAUUUUCUCUCUACAGGUGAUAGUAUGGGGUCACUGCAGUAGUUCUGAGGCCACUGUGACCCCUGUUGAACCCCCAGUCAUCCGGCCCUGUUCCUCCAUAUUAGACGUAGGAGACUCGGCCACUGCUGUCUCCUUCUGCCCCGUCCUCUGCCCCGACAACAGGUACAAUACUGAAGCAGCGCUUAUUUUCUGAAUUCCAAUUUAACCGCUAGCCCCCUUCACCCUAGACACUAUUGUAGGCCUGCAAUUGGAUAGGUAUUAGCAAUAUGGUGGAAAUGCAUACGCAGCCUAUCAGAAGGCAAGAAGGCAUAGGGAAGCUUUAGCCUUUAACCUAUCCAAUCCUUUCAGAUCAACAAGAGGUCCUAGGGGUUUCAUAUCUUAUUUGUAGUGUGUAUGGAUGGAGUGUGUAUGGAUGGUGUGUGUAUGGAUGGAGUGUGUAUGGAUGGAGUGUGCAUGGAUGGAGUGUGCAUGGAUGGAGUGUGCAUGGAUGGAGUGUGUAUGGAUGGUGUGUGUAUGGAUGGAGUGUGUAUGGAUGGAGUGUGUAUGGAUGGUGUGUGUAUGCUUCCCUUGUAGCCACCUGUGUGUGCUGUCUGUCAAUGGCCUAGUAACCCAUAUUUGAGUUGCACAUGCACUUUAUUUGCACAUGCACUUUAUUUCCACAUGCACUUUAUUUCCAGCCGGCUUCUUAAGUUGAUGAUGAUGUUUCUGUGUUAUUUAGUCUUUUGUGUUAUCUGUGUUGAACUAUUAUGCAUGUCUAGUUGUAAGCCUGCCUGUCAACCACAUGUCCAUCUGGGAUCAGAUGAGCCUGCCUGUCAGCCACAUGCCAUCUUGGGACAAUAAGCCUUGCCUUGUAGACGAGUGUCCAUCUGGGACAUAAGCUGCCUGUCACCACAUGUCCUGGGACAUAAGCCUUGCCUGUCAACCACAUGUGUCAUCUGGGACAAUAAGCCUUCCUGUCAACCACAUGUACUAUUGGGACAAUGAAGCUGCUCUUUCAUCCACAUUCCACGGACAAUAAGCCUGUCUGUAACCAAUGUACUCUUGGCAUAUAAGCUGCCUGUGAUCCAAUGCCAUCUGGGACAAUAGCCUGCCUGUUACCACAUGUCCAUCUGGGACAAUAAGCCUGCCUGUCAACCACAUGUCCAUCUGGGACAAUAAGCCUGCCUGUCAGCCACAUGUCCAUCUGGGACAAUAAGCCUGCCUGUCAACCACAUGUCCAUCUGGGACAAUAAGCCUGCCUGUCAUCCACAUGUCCAUCUGGGACAAUAAGCCUGCCUGUCAACCACAUGUCCAUCUGGGACAAUAAGCCUGCCUAUCAUCCACAUGUCCAUCUGGGACAAUAAGCCUGCCUGUCAUCCACAUGUCCAUCUGGGACAAUAAGCCUGCCUGUCAUCCACAUGUCCAUCUGGGACAAUAAAGUUUCAUUGAUUGAUUGAUUGAUUGAUUGAUGGAUGUUUCUCCAGCUACCUGCUGGCGGUGGGGCUGGAGAGUGGCCAGGUCCUGCUGUAUAAGUGGAGACCCAGUGAGGAGCCUGCUGGCGCAUCAGACUGGACCAGAUAUGGAGAGACAGACUCCUCGUAUCCUUUACACAAACAUGCAUGCAUGCACGCACCACAAACACACAAUCCCAAGCUUUCAUCACACAUUUCAGUUUCUAAAAUAGUAUUUUACCCCCCCCCCACACACCUUUUGGCACUGACUAACUACAGUCCUUUAGUCCAGCUGUCCUAUUAGCACUGGUUCCAUUAUUCUACACUGGAGCCUCCUCAAGACAACAUCUCUCAAUGACAAAUACCCCAAAAGGUACUCUGACUUUUUAGGCGGGAGUUUUUAUGACUCUGCCGAGAGUUUUUAGGGUACGUUCAAAAUGGCACCCUGUUUCCUACCCUAUGGGUCCUGGUCAAAAGUAGUGCACUAUAUAGGGACUAGUGUACCAUUUGGACGGUAGCCAUAGAAAGAACAUCCUCAGGUGGGUGUAUUGAACGGAGGGUUAUUGAAGAGGAAAUACAAUCAGCAGGCUCUUUUUGUGAAGGCCCCACCUGUUGGCAUUUUCACUGAGUCAUGAAGAGAAGGAAGGGAAAUCUAUGGACUGAAGGCCAAAGCCUGUGGAAAUGUUCUAACAAUGUUCUGAUGUUACCUGUUCUGUGGAAGUUUGGUUUAUUCCUCUACUACUGUAGAAAACAACAUUGUGUAGCUCAAAAUAAACAUUUAGCAGAUUCAGCACCUUUGGAAAUUGUAUAUAAGAACAUCUAUGCUUCAUACAUAUAUAUAUACACUGCUCAAAAAAAUUAAGGGAACACUUAAACAACACAAUGUAACUCCAAGUCAAUCACACUUCUGUGAAAUCAAACUGUCCCCUUAGGAAGCAACACUGAUUGACAAUACAUUUCACAUGCUGUUGUGCAAAUGGAAUAGACAACAGGUGGAAAUUAUAGGCAAUUAGCAAGACACCCCCAAUAAAGGACUGGUUUUGCAGGUGGUGACACAGACCACUUCUCAGUUCCUAUGCUUCCUGGCUGAUGUUUUGGUCACUUUUGAAUGCUGGCGGUGCUUUCACUCUAGUGGUAGCAUGAGACGGAGUCUCAGGUAGUGCAGCUCAUCCAGGAUGGCACAUCUAUGCGAGCUGUGGCAAGAAGGUUUGCUGUGUCUGUCAGCGUAGUGUCCAGAGCAUGGAGGUGCUACCAGGAGACAGGCCAGUACAUCAGGAGACGUGGAGGAGGCCGUAGGAGGGCAACAACCCAGCAGCAGGACUGCUACCUCCGCCUUUGUGCAAGGAGGAGCAGGAGGAGCACUGCCAGAGCCCUGCAAAAUGACCUCCAGCAGGCCACAAAUGUGCAUGUGUCUGCUCAAACGGUCAGAAACAGACUCCCUGAGGGUGGUAUGAGGGCCUGAAGUCCACAGGUGAGGGUUGUGCUUACAGCCCAACACCGUGCAGGACGUUUGGCAUUUGCCAGAGAACACCAAGAUUGGCAAAUUUGCCACUGGCGCCCUGUGCUCUUCACAGAUGAAAGCAGGUUCACACUGAGCACAUGUGACAGACGUGACAGACGUGACAGAGUCUGGAGACGCCGUGGAGAACGUUCUGCUGCCUGCAACAUCCUCCAACAUGACCGGUUUGGAGGUGGGUCAGUCAUGGUGUGGGAUGGCAUUUCUUUGGGGGGCCGCACAGCCCUCCAUGUGCUCGCCAGAGGUAGCCUGACUGCCAUUAGGUACCGAGAUGAGAUCCUCAGACCCCUUGUGAGACCAUAUGCUGGUGCGGUUGGCCCUGGGUUCCUCCUAAUGCAAGACAAUGCUAGACCUCAUGUGGCUGGAGUGUGUCAGCAGUUCCUGCAAGAGGAAGGCAUUGAUGCUAUGGACCGCCCAUUCCCCAGACCAGAAGCCAAUUGAGCACAUCUGGGACAUCAUGUCUCGCUCCAUCCACCAACGCCACGUUGCACCACAGACUGUCCAGGAGUUGGCGGAUGCUUUAGUCCAGGUCUGGGAGGAGAUCCCUCAGGAGACCAUCCGCCACCUCAUCAGGAGCAUGCCCAGGCAUUGUAGGGAGGUCAUACAGUCACGUGGAGGCCACACACACUACUGAGCCUCAUUUUGACUUGUUUUAAGGACAUUACAUCAAAGUUGGUUCAGCCUGUAGUGUGGUUUUCCACUUUAAUUUUGAGGGUGACUCCAAAUCCAGACCUCCAUGGGUUGAUACAUUUGAUUUCCAUUGAUAAUUUUUGUGUGAUUUUGUUGUCAGCACAUUCAACUAUGUAAAGAAAAAAGUAUUCAAUAAGAUUAUUUCAUUCAUUCAGAUCUAGGAUGUGUUAUUUUAGUGUUCCCUUAAAUUGUUUUGAGCAGUGUGUAUAUAUAUAUAUAUCACUGUAUAUAUAUAUAUAUAUAUAUACAGUGAGGGGAAAAAAGUAUUUGAUCCCCUGCUGAUUUUGUACGUUUGCCCACUGACAAAGAAAUGAUCAGUCUAUAAUGGUCCUCUGUAGCUCAGCUGGUAGAGCACGGCGCUUGUAACGCCAAGGUAGUGGGUUCGAUCCCCGGGACCACCCAUACACAAAAAAAAAAUGUAUGCACGCAUGACUGUAAGUCGCUUUGGAUAAAAGCGUCUGCUAAAUGGCAUAUUAUUAUUAUUAUUAUUAUUAUUAUUAUUAUUAUUAUUAUUAUUAUUAUUAUUAUUUUAAUGGUAGGUUUAUUUGAACAGUGAGAGACAGAAUAACAACAAAAAAAUCCAGAAAGACGCAUGUCAAAAAUUUUAUAAAUUGAUUUGCAUUUUAAUGAGGGAAAUAAAUAUUUGACCCCCUCUCAAAUCAGAAAGAUUUCUGGCUCCCAGCUGUCUUUUAUACAGGUAACGAGCUGAGAUUAGGAGCACACUCUUAAAGGGAGUGCUCCUAAUCUCAAGCUUGUUACCUGUAUAAAAGACACCUGUCCACAGAAGCAAUCAAUCAAUCAGAUUCCAAACUCUCCACCAUGGCCAAGACCAAAGAGCUCUCCAAGGAUGUCAGGGACAAGAUUGUAGACCUACACAAGGCUGGAAUGGGCUACAAGACCAUCGCCAAGCAGCUUGGUGAGAAGGUGACAACAGUUGGUGCGAUUAUUUGCAAAUGCAAGAGCUCACCUCGUGGAGUUGCAAUGAUCAUGAGAACGGUGAGGAAUCAGCCCAGAACUACACGGGAGGACCUUGUCAAUGAUCUCAAGGCAGCUGGGACCAUAGUCACCAAGAAAACAAUUGGUGACACACUACGCCGUGAAGGACUGAAAUCCUGCAGCGCCCGCAAGGUCCCUCUGCUCAAGAAAGCACAUAUACAGGGCCGUCUGAAGUUUACCAAUGAACAUCUGAAUGAUUCAGAGGAGAACUGGGUGAAAGUGUUGUGGUCAGAUGAGACCAAAAUAGAGCUCUUAGGCAUCAACUCAACUCGCUGUGUUUGGAGGAGGAGGAAUGCUGCCUAUGACCCCAAGAACACCAUCCCCACCGUCAAACAUGGAGGUGGAAACAUUAUGCUUUGGGGGUGUUUUUCUGCUAAGGGGACAGGACAACUUCACCGCAUCAAAGGGACGAUGGACGGCGCCAUGCACCGUCAAAUCUUGGGUGAGAACCUCCUUCCCUCAGCCAGGGCAUUGAAAAUGGGUCGUGGAUGGGUAUUCCAGCAUGACAAUGACCCAAAACACACGGCCAAGGCAACAAAGGAGUGGCUCAAGAAGAAGCACAUUAAGGUCCUGGAGUGGCCUAGCCAGUCUCCAGACCUUAAUCCCAUAGAAAAUCUGUGGAGGGAGCUGAAGGUUCGAGUUGCCAAACGUCAGCCUCGAAACCUUAAUGACUUGGAGAAGAUCUGCAAAGAGGAGUGGGACAAAAUCCCUCCUGAGAUGUGUGCAAAGCUGGUGGCCAACUACAAGAAACGUCUGACCUCUGUGAUUGCCAACAAGGGUUUUGCCACCAAGUACUAAGUCAUGUUUUGCAGAGGGGUCAAAUACUUAUUUCCCUCAUUAAAAUGCAAAUCAAUUUAUAGGGUGGCAGGUAGCUUAGUGGGUAAGAGCGUUGUGCCAGUAACCGAAAGGUCGUUGGUUCUAAUCCCCGAGCCGACUAGGUGAAAAAUCUGUCGAUGUGCCCUUAAGCAAGGCACUUAACCCUAAUUGCUGAUGUAAGUCGCUCUGGAUAAGAGCAUCUGCUAAAUGACUAAAAUGUAAAAAAUGUAAAUAACAUUUUUGACAUGCGUUUUUCUGGAUUUUUUUGUUGUUAUUCUGUCUCUCACUGUUCAAAUAAACCUACCAUUAAAAUUAUAGACUGAUCAUGUCUUUGUCAGUGGGCAAACGUACAAAAUCAGCAGGGGAUCAAAUACUUUUUUCCCUCACUGUAUAUAUACAGUGGGGCAAAAAAGUAUUUAGUCAGCCACCAAUUGUGCAAGUUCUCCCACUUAAAAAGAUGAGAGAGGCCUGUACAUUUCAUCAUAGGUACACGUCAACUAUGACAGACAAAAUGAGAAAAAAAAAUCCAGAAAAUCACAUUGUAGGAUUUUUUAUGAAUUUAUUUGCAAAUUAUGGUGGAAAAUAAGUAUUUGGUCAAUAACAAAAGUUUCUCAAUACUUUGUUAUAUACCCUUUGUUGGCAAUGACACAGGUCAAAUGUUUUCUGUAUGUCUUCACAAGGUUUUCAUACACUGUUGCUGGUAUUUUGGCCCAUUCCUCCAUGCAGAUCUCCUCUAGAGCAGUGAUGUUUUGGGGCUGUCGCUGGGCAACACGGACUUUCAACUCCCUCCAAAGAUUUUCUAUGGGGUUGAGAUCUGGAGACUGGCUAGGCCACUCCAGGACCUUAAAAUGCUUCUUACGAAGCCACUCCUUCGUUGCCCGGGCGGUGUGUUUGGGAUCAUUGUCAUGCUGAAAGACCCAGCCACGUUUCAUCUUCAAUGCCCUUGCUGAUGGAAGGAGGUUUUCACUCAAAAUCUCACGAUACAUGGCCCCAUUCAUUCUUUCCUUUACACGAAUCAGUCGUCCUGGUCCCUUUGCAGAAAAACAGCCCCAAAGCAUGAUGUUUCCACCCCCAUGCUUCACAGUAGGUAUGGUGUUCUUUGGAUGCAACUCAGCAUUCUUUGUCCUCCAAACACGACAAGUAGAGUUUUUACCAAAAAGUUAUAUUUUGGUUUCAUAUGACAUUCUCCCAAUCCUCUUCUGGAUCAUCCAAAUGCACUCUAGCAAACUUCAGACGGGCCUGGACAUGUACUGGCUUAAGCAGGGGGACACGUCUGGCACUGCAUGAUUUGAGUCACUGGCGGCGUAGUGUGUAACUGAUGGUAGGCUUUGUUACUUUGGUCCCAGCUCUCUGCAGGUCAUUCACUAGGUCCCCCCGUGUGGUUCUGGGAUUUUUGCUCACCGUUCUUGUGAUAAUUUUGACCCCACGGGGUGAGAUCUUGCGUGGAGCCCCAGAUCGAGGGAGAAUAUCAGUGGUCUUGUAUGUCUUCCAUUUCCUAAUAUUUGCUCCCACAGUUGAUUUAUUCAAACCAAGCUGCUUACCUAUUGCAGAUUCAGUCUUCCCAGCCUGGUGCAGGUCUACAAUUUUGUUUCUGGUGUCCUUUGACAGCUCUUUGGUCUUGGCCAUAGUGGAGUUUGGAGUGUGACUGUUUGAGGUUGUGGACAGGUGUCUUUUAUACUGAUAACAAGUUCAAACAGGUGCCAUUAAUACAGGUAACAAGUGGAGGACAGAAGAGCCUCUUAAAGAAGAAGUUACAGGUCUGUGAGAGCCAGAAAUCUUGCUUGUUUGUAGGUGACCAAAUACUUAUUUUCCACCAUAAUUUGCAAAUAAAUUCAUUAAAAAUCCUACAAUGUGAUUUUCUGGAAUUUGUUUUCUCAAUUUGUCUGUCAUAGUUGACGUGUACCUAUGAUGAAAAUUACAGGCCUCUCUCAUCUUUUUAAGUGGGAGAACUUGCACAAUUGGUGGCUGACUAAAUACUUUUUUUCCCCACUGUAUAUAUAUGUAUAUAUAAAAAAAAAUAUAUGUGUGUGUGUGCAUUAUAUCUGUAUGUGACAGACUCAGGGAGCUAACACAAGUAUUUAGAUCCUAGGCAAUAUUACACUGUUUAUCAUGCAAUAUGAUUGACCUAACCAUAGAAAUACAAUUCAUUAUUCUAUAUUCAUGCGCUACCCCCAAUUUUACAUACCGUCUGCUUGCGGGUAGACAUCAACGCACAUGUGUGAUUACACCUAUGACUGUACCACCAACCGCCACCCCCCAAACACCAUGCCAACAAGUAGACAUCCACAACCACACCAAACCAACCAAAUAACCACUGCUUACACUAGACUGUAGUGAAGUAGGUAACAUAAACAAACACACUGAUACACGGAUGUAAGAUGACAGUAGGAGACAUAACCAACACACUGAUACACUGACUGUAUACGUCAGGUAGAACAUAACAACACAGAUUACACUAUGACUGUAGGACAGUAUGUAGGACAUAACAACCCACGUGAUACACUAUGACUUAGUACAGUAGGUAUAGACAUAACAACACACUGAUACACUAUGACUUUUUAGGUACAGAGGUGGACCUAACAACACAACUGACUUACACUAUGACUGUAGCCAGUAGGUAGACAUAACAACACACUGAUACACUAUGGACUGUAGUACAGUAGGUAGAGAUAACAAACACACUGAUACACUAUGACUGUAGUACAGUAGGUAGACAUAACAACACACUGAUACACUAUGACUGUAGUACAGUAGGUAGACAUAACAACACACUGAUACACUAUGACUGUAGUACAGUAGGUAGACAUAACAACACACUGAUACACUAUGACUGUAGUACAGUAGGUAGACAUAACAACACACUGAUACACUAUGACUGUAGUACAGUAGGUAGACAUAACAACACACUGAUACACUAUGACUGUAGUACAGUAGGUAGACAUAACAACACACUGAUACACUGACUGUAGUACAGUAUGUCACCACUCUUUGUGUUGUUUCCUUGACAAUGCUUCCCCCCUCCAGUCAGAGUCACUCGCUGACGGUGAAGAGGCUGCGCUGGAGGCCGAGGGCAGGCCGAGCCGGCCAGGGGGGUGAGGAGGAGGGCAGGGACACAGCAGCAUGCAGCUCCUGGGUACAGCUAGCUAGUGCGGGGGCAGACCACUCUGUCAAAAUCUUUAACAUCAACAGACUGGCUGUGUAGCUAGCGUUGGGCCGGAGACACUGACACCAUUAGAUCGUGGUAUCUUGACACACUGCUGACUGAGACUACAGGGCUGUCUGAAGCAGACCUGGGUCUGGCCAUUCACUGGGUCAUUACAUUCACCCUGUGUGACAGCCAGCCAGCUAGCUCAGACGAGAGUCACAAGGCCAGGUCUGGAGGUCUGGUGAUCUGGCCUACAGGAUGCUUUCAGGACGCCCCUAGCCCAGGACUUCUCUCUCUCUCGUUGCAGCCCUGGUCUUUAUCUUUCGUAUUUAUGCUCUUAUUAAGGUCUGGGACGAGGGAUAUUAGGCUCACCGUUUCAACAUACUUUUAUGCUAAUGUUUUCAUUUGUUAGGGCUCAGUAACUGUCAAAUCAAGUCAUAUUUGAAAGUCCCCUGGUUUCUUGAUUACCAUAUCUUCUUUCUUUGUGGUGUAUUGUGUUAUCUUCAUGGUCUGAUGGUUUGAAAUGUCCUUAGAAAAAGAUGACACAGUACUGAUGCUUUUAAUGUAAAGAAGUUACAUAUCUGAAUAAAGCUGUUUUUGUAUACAUAGAUUGAUUCCUGUGAGUACCAGAACCAGUUGACCCCAAUGACAAUGAUGAGUGCAUUACUUUGGCAAUUUCCAUCCCACUGUAGCAAAAUGUAAUAGCAUACUGUUGAUGUUGAUAUACCAUACAAUUUACUUCAUAUAUACUACAACUUAGCAGUAGAUACCCUGCCCUUCUCUUAU